AUGACUUCGCCCUUCUCUCCUUCUGCACAGUCGCCAUCCAAAAGUCCCUUCGCCUGCCUCCGAUGCGCAGUGCGGAAAGUCAAGUGCAAUAAAGAAUUCCCCUGCAAUACCUGCGUCCGUCACAAUGAGCAGUGCGUUUUCCGCCCACCCAAACCUUCCCAAAGGAGGCAGAAACACCAACGAGAACAGCUUUUGUCCGCCCGUCUCAAGCGCUAUGAAUCACUGUUGCACGCCAAUGGCAUCGACCUCGCUCAGAUAGCAGAUCCCUCCAGCCCUGACCCAAGCGAAGCCGUCACCAAGCCAGAUGCCAUCGAAUGUAUCGAACCCCGAUGCCAAUUGCACACCCCCGUGUCACCCUCAAACGCGCCGACCGAAUCAACUGAACCUCAGACCACUGUUUUUCAACCCCAGCUGCUAUUUGGCCAAAACGGCGCCAAGUUGGUGGACAAUAAUCUGUGGUCGAGAGUCGCAGAAGAGAUCCAAGACGAUGUUGACGACAUUCAAGACGACUCUAGCGACGCUGCAAGCGAUGCAGAGACUUCCAAUAGCAAUUCUGCCUAUGUCCUCGGAGCUGAACCUCUUCAGCCAGCCUUCUCUCACCCCCCAAAUCAACAUAGUCUCUAUCUCUGGCACGCUUUCCUCCGCAAUGUCAACCCUCUGACCAAAUUGGUCCAUGUCCCAACCCUCCAACCGGCCUUUGACAAGGCUCGGGCCAACAUCAACCACAUCCCGAGUGGCUUCGAGGCCUUGAUGUAUGCCAUCUACAGCAUCUCCGUGCUCUCUCUGUCAGACCAGGAAUGCGACGAUGUUCUGGGACAGCCCCGCAAGACAAUACAUCGUUAUUAUGUCUCCGCUACCAAGGCUGCGCUGGCCCGUGCCAAGUUUAUGAGCAGCACAAGUAUCGUCGUUCUACAGGCCUUGAUCCUGCAUAUCCUAUCCAUCCGAGACUCAUACCACUUUCGCGCCCUUUGGACCCUCACUGGUCUUGCAAUCCGUAUCGCCCAGGUCGCCGGCCUGCACGUUGACGGCACCCUGUUAGGAUUAUCCCCAUUCGAGUCGGAGAUUCGUCGACGGAUAUGGUGGCAGCUCACGCUAAAUGACUUUCGUGCGGCCGAACUAUGUGGCCAGGCCAAGUUUCGCAACCUGGAAUUGGACGAAACGUCACCCAGGAAACCGGCCAACGUUGAUGACAGUGAUCUGUUUCCCUCCAUGACCGAACUACCCCAAGAGUCUGCUAAACCCACAGAAAUGCUCUGGUGUGUUAUCAGAGCAGACAUGAUAAGGUUUGCCGCAGGUCCGAUCUUCAAAUCACAGAGACAACCAAACCCUGCAUUCACGUCGGAAGAAUACACUGCUCUGGACGACCUGAAAAGCAAAGAUGAGUUUAGUCGCCAGCUUGAAGAUCGUCUCGAGACAAAGUACCUGCGCUUUUGCGACCCAUCACAGCCACUGCAUCUUUUGGCUUUGAUUGUGGGUCGUGUCGCUACAAACAUCAUCCGCUUCAUUUCUCAUCAUCCCCGGAGAUGGUCAACGCAAAAGGAAGUGCCCCAGUCCGAAAGGCAACUGCUAUGGGAUAUUGUCACUCGAUUGUUGGAGCAGUAUAACAUGGCACAAUCAACCCCACAACUCCGACGCUUCGCCUGGAAUGCCCCCUACUUUAUUCAAUGGCAAGCUGUGAUCCAUCUCAUUGAUACGCUGCGGGCUGAGCCUUUGCACGCGGAUGCCGAGAAAGCUUGGAAACUCAUCGACGUUCUGUAUGAGAACAACUCUGAAAUGCUGCUGGGCAAUAAAGAGACUAUUUAUGUGGCAGUCGGCAACUUGUGUCUGAAAGCAUACAAUGCCAGACUGUCUGCCUUGCAAGAGCAGGGCCAUGCCCAGUCUGACGUACCUGGGUAUAUCGUGACGCUGAGGAAACAGCGUGAAGAGGCUAGACUGAGACGGCAGUUCUCAGUUGCCAAACGCCAGGCGAGUGUCAACCCGUCAGAACAAGUGGCAGGCUCGAAAAUGUCGCCAAGCACAAUCAGCAACGUUGGAGAUGUGCAUACUGGCCAUCGAUCAAAACCAGACGGAAGAGACGGAAAAUCAGACGUCUGGCCCCAAGAAGGUGAUCUCAGAACAGGGGACGACGCGUUCUGGCUCAGCAGCCACACUGGUGGCAAUGUCGUCUCCAACAACGGAGCCCACGACAUUGAGACGAUCCUCGCCCAAGAGCUCGCGACCGACAACUUGAACAAUGACAUUAUCAAUUGGGAGCAAUGGGAUGUCUGGCUCGGUAGCGGAUCAAGCAUGGCGAUGGGCCUUGUUGAGCAACGCCAUGGCUUCGCAGACAGAACAGCCACCUCUGAACUCACGAAUUAA